AUGAUUACCCAAGGUUGGAGAUCUCGCAACCAUCUUGGUGGUAGUAGACCGGUUUCCAAGUAUGAUACCUUCAUAGCAUCCCCGCAGAACAUAUCGGUAGAAGAUACAUCUCGACUCUUCUUCUCUCAUAUUGUCAAAUAUUGGGGCCUGCCAAAAGACAUCAUUAGUGAAUGCGACUCCCGCUUCACUAGCAAAUUUUGGACCCAUCUCUUCAGGAGCCUCGAAUCCAAAUUGAGUCCUAACUCAAACUUCCAUCAACAAGAAGAUGGCCAGACAGAAUGGUUCAAUGACAUGCUGGAGGAAUAUCUCUGCCACUUUGCAACCGAAUCACAGAAGAAUUGGGUGAAGCUGCUGGAUGCUGCUCAGUUGUGUUUCAAUUCACAAAAGUGUUCCCCUACAAAUAAAAGCGCUUUUGAAAUUGUUACCAGACAACAACCACUACUCUCACAGACUGUGAAUGCACCAAACAUGCCAAUAUUGCCUCAAGCUGUAAACUUUGGAGAUAGUGCGGAGCUAUCUUGUCAAGGCCCAAGAGAGGGCCACGAGCGCCCAGCAGCUGGGAAUGCCAACAAUGCAGCGAGCACAGACAAUGCCGCGCGCACAGACCAUCAUGUUGCCAAUAGCAUCGCGCGCACAGACAGUGUCGUGCGCGCAGAUCUGAUGCCAAGCGCCAGCACCCAGCCGAAGGCAUAUCCAAAUAGUGUUGUGUGCACCGAUAGCAAUGCGCGCGCUGGCCCUGAUGCUCAAGACAAAGUUGCUGCCAUCGGACUUGAUUCUACCUUCACUGACAAUCUAGUCCAGCAUACGGAGGGGACCCCAGUUGGCGGACAGCAACCGCACUGA